AUGGGAGCGGGGCCGGACGCGCCAAGUGCUGCACUUCGGGGCACACGUCAGAGGCGGCAAAGCGGUCGGUGCCGAGGCGACCAAGGUGCAGGAGAGGGGCGCGGGAACCGAGUUACAGCCGCCACGGUGGACUUUUUCCGCAAAGGGAGCUACUCCCCAGCUCUAGCGGCGACGGCUCCAGUGUUCGUUCCUCCAUCUUCAACUCCGCCCAAAUCCGCUCGAGCAGCCGGCACCACGGGGGACAAAAGCUGCCACGACUCGGCUCUUGGAGAAAGCGAUUCGGACACCGAGGCGGCGGUUUGCAUGAUAUGGCUGCAGGCCGGGGGAGAAGUGGUGGUCGGGAGCGCACACCAGCUGGCCAACUGUAGCAAGGGCCCCCAAGAGAAACGCGCCAAAGACACACAAAUACCUCCGAUCGAGAUGGCCGGAGAGAAGAAGGAAGGGGCACGCGCAGAAGUGGAAAGAGAAAGGGGGGAAGGGCUAUUCCCGGGGAUGGAGAGGGUAUUGGCACCCCAGGGUUCUGUGAUGAUGUGGAACAGUGCUCAGGCCCAAGGUCUCCAAGUAGCUGUUCCGAGCGCUUCUCGGGAUGCCAUCCUCGUGUCGUUCCAGACACUGACACCAGAGGCCAGCUCGCGUGUUAUCGCGAACCGCCGCGAACGGAAAGAGGCGAAGACAAAGUCAAAGAUGUUUCGAAAAGCUGCCAAAGAGGCAAAGGAAGCCAAGGAGGCUAAGGGGCCCAUACCUGGCACCCCUAUCGUGGUUGCAGACUGGGAAGAGCAGGGGAAUGAUGACGGCGACCGGGGGACGAGGAGGAGGCCAGAAAAAGACGACAUGAACAGCAGUUGCAAUGCUGAUGCUGAACGGGGUGGCGAGGACGACGGGAGAACGCCUUCUAUCGAGAAAGAGCACGUCCAGGCCGUCUACGACACCAUCGCACCACACUGGAGCCACACUCGCUACAAGCCGUGGCCAAGGGUGGAAAAGUUUUUGAGCGAGCUGGAACCGUGCUCCUUCGUGGCGGACGCCGGCUGCGGCAACGGCAAGUACCUUGGCUGCGACACGGCCGGUGGGUUUCUGGUCGGCAGCGACACAAGCGUGAAUCUCUUGCACGUAUGCAAAGAACGCCUACCGAAGGCGGAAGUCUUGGCUAGCGACUGCAUGCGGCUGCCGUACCGAUCGGGGGUGUUCGACGCGGCCAUCAGCAUCGCCGUCUUGCACCAUUUCUCCUCAGAAGUGCGACGGCUGAGGGCCUUGACGGAGCUUUGCCGGCUAGUCAGGCCGGGAGGGAGGUUGUUGGUGUACGCGUGGGCCAUCGAGCAGGAGCAAGACUCGAGGAGGAGCUUUGCCGCCCAGGACGUCCUCGUCCCAUGGCAACUUGCUGACCACCACAACCGAAGCCAGGGUCGCGACACGGGCGACGAUGGCAACAGCGGCAACACUAUGGAUGGCGGCCAAGAAUCCGAAGAGCCGGCGACUGCCAACGUCGAACGCAGUGGGGCGUCUGCGCCAGCUAAGGGCGCCGAAGAUGGAGUGGUGGCGGCGGGGGACAGCAAGAGCCAUGCUGGGGGUGUCGUUGCGCCUACCCCCACUGCCCCGCGGCACGGUGUUCGUGUUGACGGGGUGGCGGGCACGGCUGGUAGCGUGGUCUACCAAAGGUACUGCCACGUAUACGCAAGGGGGGAACUAGAAGGACUGGUGGAGAGAGUGGAUGGUUUGCGACUAGUUGAGAGCUACUAUGAUCGGUCAAAUUGGUGCGUCGUGGCCGAGAGAGACGUGUAG